AAACUGUUGGUGUUUCUAAUUAUUCAACAAAUGAAAUGAUUAAAAUGUAUGAUUGCUUACAAAAACAUGGUAUUCAACUUGCAUCAAAUCAAGUUGAAUAUUCACUUCUUCGACGUUCACCAGAAACAUCUGGACAUAUUGCUGAAUGUCAUAAACGAGGUGUUGCUGUUCUAGGAUAUUCUCCUCUUGCUAUGGGUCGUCUUACAGGAAAAUAUUCAAAAACAAACCCAGUUCCAUCGGGUCGUCAUUUCUCUAAUGUUAAUAUAGAUGAAGUAGAACCAUUAUUAGAAACAAUGCGAGUUAUUGCAGAUAAACAUAAUGUUAGUGUUUCUUCAGUUGCUUUAAACUAUGUUAUAUGCAAAGGUGUUAUUCCUCUUGGUGGUGCUCGUGAUGCUAAACAAGCUGAACAAAAUGCUGGCGCUUUAGGAUGGCGUUUAACAAAUGAAGAAAUCACCGAACUUGAGAGUCAUACGAUUGCUCCAAGCGGUGGAUUUUGGAAUCGAAUUUGGCAACAUGCAUAA